GAUAAGCCCAGGUGGCUGCAUAAAAAGCGCGCGCCGGCCUUGUUCUAUCGAGCAGGUUCCACAGCAAACUCGACACAUUAUCCUCUUCUCACCCCCUCAUCCCGGUUUUAAGCGCCUAUUGUUACUACUUCAUACACACAAAUUCCUAGCAAAUGACUUCACUAAGCGGCGCGCAGGUUCUGGCAAAGGCGUUGAAGCAGCAGGGCGUCGAGGUGGUGUUUGGCAUUGUCGGAAUUCCGGUUGUCGAAGUGGCCGAUGCCAUCCAGGCCGAAGGCAUAAGGUUCAUCGCCUUCCGCAACGAGCAGUCAUGCAGCUACGCAGCCUCCGCCUGGGGCUUCCUGAACCAGAAGCCGGGCGUCUGCCUAGUCGUGUCGGGCCCGGGUGUUGUGCAUGCGCUGGCUGGCGUUGUCAACUCGCAGGUCAACACGUGGCCGCUGGUGUUGAUCGGCGGAUCCUGCGAGACGAUGCUUGAGGGCGCCGGUGCCUUCCAGGAGUGCCUGCAGGUGGAGAUGUGCCGGCCAUACACAAAGUACUCGGCCCGCCCGCCCACGAUCGCUCAGAUCCCGUCGACUGUCGAGCGCGCUUUCCGGUAUGCGGUCACGGGACGGCCGGCAGCUACGUAUGUUGAUCUGCCUGCUGAUUUCAUCCAAGGCACAGCUGAGGAGGCUGCUGUGGUGCGUGUGCGCCAGGUUACGCCGACGUUUGCACAGGCUGAUCCAGCGGAUGUGCAGAGGGCAGCGGAGAUUCUGGCUGAGGCCAAGAGCCCGCUGAUCGUGGUUGGCAAGGGCGCGGCAUAUGCGCGUGCUGAGGCUGAGAUCCGGGCUCUGGUCGACAAAUACCAGGCGCCAUUCCUGCCGACUCCCAUGGGCAAGGGAGUGGUCCCAGAUGCGCACCCGAGGAAUGUGUCUAGCGCGCGCUCCCUGGCCCUGAAGGGAGCCGAUGUUGUGAUUUUGCUGGGCGCACGGCUGAACUGGAUCCUGCAUUUCGGACGGCGGUUCAACGAAAACACCAAAAUCAUCCAAGUAGACAUUAGCCCCGAGGAGAUGGGUGUCAACGUGCCAGUUGAGGUCGGACUCCAGGGCCAUCUGCCGCUAGUAGUCAAGCAACUUACUGAUGCGCUGCAGGGGCCGUUUGUGGCUGAUCCCGAAUCUAGCGAGUUUGUUCGUUCGCUGACAGAGACCACGCGGCGCAACGGCGAAAAGCAGGAGGCCAAGUACCAUAGCGAUGCGUCGCCAAUGACGUACCACCGGGCAUUCUACGAGAUCAAGCAGAAGCUGCCCAGCGACGUGGUCCUGGUGAGCGAGGGCGCCAACACAAUGGAUAUUGCCCGCACCGUGUAUGAUUUCCAGGAGCCGCGGCGCCGCCUGGACUGCGCGACCUUUGCCAACAUGGGCGUGGGCAUGGGCUUCGCCAUUGCCGCACAAUUGCACUACCCGGAGCAGCGCGUGGUGGCCAUUGUCGGCGACUCGGCGUUUGGCUUCAGCGCCAUGGAGCUGGAGACCGCCGUGCGCUCGCGGCUGCCGCUGGUUGUCAUUGUGAUCAACAAUAAUGGCAUCUAUUUUGGCCUCGACCAGGACGAAUACGACGAGCUCGAGAAGAAGGGCUUGCUGCCGUGCACGGCGCUGACGCCCGAUGUGCGCUAUGAGAUGAUUGCCGAGGCUGUUGGCGCCAGGGGCGUGCUGGUCAAAACGCCUGAGGACCUGGGCAAGGCUGUCGAGCAGGCGCUAGAGUCGGAUGGCCUGACGCUGAUUAACUGCCUGAUCAACCCGGGCGGCUACCAGAAGCUGCAGUUUGCGUGGAUGGGCAAAUAAAGUUUUUUUUUUUCUCUAAACUAUCUUUAUCUUUACUUCUUCACAUCUUUACCUAUAUAUAAGAUUUUAUAGUCUAAAAAGU